AAGAACUGAAGAAGACAACGUCCUACGCAGUGGCAAUGGCUGUAGUAAGAGAAAGAAAUAUUUCCCUCGGGAGUCUGCUCGUCUGUAUGCUUUACCUGAGCACUUGCUGCGCUACCCCGGAGGUUCGUGUCAAGGCUGUGUUGGUCCCAUGCGGGACCGAGAGCCACGCUAGCAAAAUGGGAAGCACUGUGGACGCCUUCCUGUCAUCGAAGCCAACACUGACAAAAUGCCAGAGGAAACUCGGUGUUGUCCUGCAGAUCAACAACACCGGCAAGGUUAUGGACGAAGACAUGUACGUUUUCUUAGACGAAGCUGUGGAUGAAGCAAGCGGAGUGACGGUGAAGCUGGUGGAGCCGUUAGUCUUUAAGGUGUACCAACACCCGGUGUCCCUAGCGCACACCUUCCAUUACCUAGGGAGCGUGAAUGGGAAGCUGAUGGAGGCUACGUUUACAGCAUCAAACCUCUCAUCGUCAGAAUCUCUGGCAGCCUGUUUCUCCAACGACCUGACGCAUUUCAAGUGCGGUUACGACAGAACGGAAAACUUUCCCAUGGGGUUUUGCUGUCCUUGUACGCACGAUGACUGUGACCCGAACGCGAGAGAAAAACCUUGUCGUCCACUGGAAGAAACACCCACGACACACUGCCUGCAGCAAAGCCCUUUCUGGUACUUUGUGACAGCCCUUGGGCCGCCCAUGCUAUACCACACACUUGAAAUCCAUAUCUAUCAGCGCCGAAAGUCGUCAUCGUGGCAGGCCAUUACCAAAAAACCGGGUAUCAUUCUUGGCACAGAUCUCCCCGCGGCAGUGAACAAGGAAAACAUCGUAGCGGCAAAAUACCUCACCCAUACGAAGUACAGCAGCCUUGAUGGUGGUUUACCCUAUCAGACACACCGGCUCUUAAUCCCGCACGCCACGCCAGGAAUGUCAGCAGACGAGCUACCGCCACACAUGGCUAACAGUGCACGCGACUACCUGAUUUUCCCGACAUCUAUGGUAGAACUUGGCGAUAGUGAAUGCGGCAAAAUUGGGACGUACUUCAAGGCAUUUUCGAACCAAGGCGAUCGGUGUCGGCGCCCAGUUGGCAGUUGCUUGGAGCUGCAACCACUUGAUCUUUGGUCUCAGGAUAAUGCAAAACGCGAAGACGGUAAAGAUGGGAAAUAUCUUCUGGAAAACUUCGCGACUCCUCAAGAAAAUGCUGUUGUGGUUAAUACCUUAAAUGGAAAUCGCUACCUCAACCUCGAGUACCAGGGCGAAUUCAGUAGCCUGUCUUUUGUCGAGAUCAAUGCGGAUGCAAUAGAGUUCGACACUGCCAGCAACAGAUUUGCCUUGAUAGAAGUAAAUACUCUGGCUAUGGUCAACCCUAUUGUGAUACAGCUUCACAUUGUUAACAAGCAUCACAGAGCCGAGCUCUACAAGGCCUACAUCAAGGGAUGCAGCUUUGGUUUCUCGUCAACGAGCACGGACGAUGUAUAUUUAGCACCACAGGAAAAGCACCUGCUGCUCCUCAUUCUGCGGAUGGAUGCUGGAAUGCCAACUACUGAUGUGUGGUGCAACGUGGCAAUUGAGACGUCAAUGCAUGCAGACGCUGUGACACAAAGCGUCUUAGUCCGGCCAAGAGGGACGUGUAAUUGCUACAUGGAUUGCCAAUGCACGUGUCUUGGAGAGUCGAUGGCCUGUACACCAGAUAUUUCUCACACGAGAGAAAAGAGAAAAUCCAGCUGGCACGCAGCAGACAAGCCUACCGAACCACUUAGUCACUUCAAGGUCCCUGAACCUUUUAUAAUUGAUGUACACAAACCAUCUGUUAGCAUGGCUGCCUGUGGACUGUCUGCUUUUCUAUGGGCGCUCCAGAUAGCAAUCAUGAUCGGUUUCAUAAAAGCCGUGCUUGGUCUCAUAUUCCCUUCAGUGGGUCUGUGGGGAAUGGAAUUCGCUGUGCUUUCUGAACCAAAGCCUAUAGGCAAGCCUAGAUUGAAAACUAAGGAACCACAGAAAGACUUCCCACACAUGAAUGAUGAGGGUGACAAGCCUGUGAACACAGCUGCAGUGUUCUGCGUAAAUGUCUUUUGUUUUUGUUUUUUGCCCUGCAUUUUAUGGAAUAUGAUUCAGAACUGGAAAGACUCAAGCCCAGGUGAAGCAUUUCGUGACAUCACUCACGCUACAAAUGACAAUGCAGGCAGAAAAAGUGCAGUGAAGAAGCGAACAGACACCGCUUGACUUUGUAUAGCGUCUUUGUUUCCCACGUAAUGUUUAGGCUUAGUAAAUGUUGGAUGUUUAGCACA